CGAGAGAGGAGUUUUUAAGGACGGAGGGAGUGAGAGGCAGAGCGGGCUCCAACUCACAUCCCACAUGAACAGAGUGACUUUUGUGCGGACUUGAACUCACAUCACCGAGAAUGACUUUACGCGUCCCCCCCUGGUCCUUUGGAUUAUAUCUCCUGCUGGGGCUGUGCCGUGUCUCCGCUGCCUACCAGCUUCUGGACGACCGCGACUCCCAGGGGGACUUGGACCUGACAGAGUUGAUCGGCGUUCCCCUCCCUCCCUCCGUCUCUUUUGUCACAGGCUUCGAGGGCUACCCGGCCUACAGCUUCGGACCCGACACCAACGUGGGCCGUCUGACCAAGUCUUUCAUCCCUGAUCCGUUCUAUCGGGACUUUGCCGUCACGGUCACCGCCAAACCCACCACGCGACUUGGCGGCGUGCUGUUCGCCAUCACAGAUGCUUACCAGAAAAUCGUCCACCUGGGGGUGGCGCUGUCCGCGGUGGAGGACGGAACUCAGCGGGUGGUUCUGUACUACACCGAUCCGGGAAGCCGGAGUGGAACCAAGGAGGCCGCUUCCUUCAAGAUGGGCGACAUGACGGGGAGAUGGGCGAGGUUCACCCUGAGCGUACAGGGGGCCGAGGUGCGUCUCUACAUGGACUGUGAGGAAUACCACCGCGUUGCUUUUACAAGGAGCGCCCAGCCCCUCACCUUUGAGGCCAGCUCUGGGAUCUUUGUGGGGAACGCCGGGGGUACCGGCCUCGAGAGGUUUGUGGGUUCCAUCCAACAACUGGUGUUGAAGUCAGAUCCCACGACCACAGAUGACCAAUGUGAGGAGGAUGACCCUUAUGCCUCUGGGUACGGUAGUGGCGAUGACGCGUAUGAGGACAUUGAGAGAAUGGAUGAGGUGAAGAAGAUUGUGGAGGAAAGAGAGUACACCAUGCCCCUCCCAGAGCCAGAUGUCACUACCAGCACCCCAGUCCAAGCUCCACCCACAGAGGCAUCGCUAGGCGGUGAUGAUGAGGAUGCAGGAGAGGAAACCUCCGGACAGGAAGUAGAGGAGAUUACCACAAUCAUCGGGUCACAGUCAGCAAAACCAACUCAGGCAGCUGCCCCGGCCUACAGACCUUCCAUUGUGUCUCCAGGACAGAAAGGGGACCGUGGAGAGCCGGGUCCUGCUGGUCCCCCUGGCCCCCCUGGUCCCCCAGGCCAUGCCUCAGUAGAGGGGAAUGGUUCUGGAGAAGGAGGGGAACCAGGACCCAGGGGUCCUCAGGGGCAACCAGGACCACCAGGCCCAACCGGAGCUCCUGGGAAGGAUGGCAAGACUGGCAGCCCGGGUGAAUAUGGAGUGCCUGGUGAACCUGGCAACCCUGGAUUCCCGGGUCUGCCAGGAGAUCAGGGGCCUAAGGGUGAAAAGGGUGAUCCCGGUGUAGGAUUACCAGGCCCUCCGGGUCCUCCUGGACCUUCAGGUCGACCCAGCAAGUCCUCCAGAAUCUCAUAUGGCUUGGAGGGCUCUGGGUUUGAUGACUUCGACGACAGCGAAGCUGAGAUCAUCAGGGGCCCCCCUGGUCCUCCAGGACCCCCAGGGCAGCCUGGGCCCCCAGGGUCCCCAUCUGAGGAGAUCUUCCCUGGACCUCCUGGGAAGGAUGGAGAGAUGGGCAAACCAGGGCUGCCUGGAGCUGAUGGGAGAGACGGGGAACCGGGGCCUGCUGGUGCAAAGGGAGAACAGGGAGAGCCUGGAGAGAGAGGUCUAGCAGGAACACGCGGUGAGCCGGGAUCUGCAGGGCUCCCUGGCCCACGUGGACCAGAGGGCCCAGAAGGAAAGCAUGGCCCCAGUGGUCCUCCUGGCCCUCCUGGGCCCCCCGGGCCUCCUAGCAGAGGCUUCCCCUUGGACCUGGAGGACCUGGAGGGUUCAGGAAGGCAGAGUGAUCUUGGAGCUGUGUUUACCCAAGGCCCGCAGGGACCUGCCGGGAUCCCUGGCAUCCCAGGACCAAAGGGGGAAGACGGGUUGGAUGGUCUACCGGGAAAGCUGGGCGAAAAGGGGGAGCAAGGUGCCAAGGGAACGCCAGGGUAUCCGGGGCUGGAUGGAUUACAUGGGGAACAGGGACCGAAGGGGGACAAAGGUGAUGCAGGACAAAAGGGAGAGCCAGGAAGAGACGGCCUCAGUUUUCCUGGACCUCCAGGGGCCCCCGGACCCCCUGGCCCCUCCAUCAACCUCCAGGAACUUCUGCUGAACGUCACAGAGGGCAUGCUUAACCUCUCAGGGAUUUUUGAACCUCAGGGACCUCAGGGUCCAAAGGGAGACAUCGGGUUGCCUGGUAUCCAAGGACCUCCAGGAUUGAAGGGGGAAAAGGGAGAACCAGGAUAUGUGAAUACAGGAUCUGUGAUGUCGGGCCUUACAGGGCCAAUAGGACCCAAAGGAAACAAGGGAGACAGCGGUGUACCGGGACCCCCUGGAAUAACUGGGCCAAUUGGACCACCUGGCCCAAAGGGAGAAUAUGGCUUUCCUGGUCGCCCUGGCCGUCCAGGUCAACCAGGGCCUAAAGGAGAGCACGGAGACUCUGUGGGCCUCCAGGGUCCUCCUGGCCCCCCCGGACUCCCAGGACGCCCUGGUAUCUUCAACUGCCCCAAUGGAACAGUUUUCCCCAUCCCUCCCAGACCCCACUGCAAGAAGGCUCUGAACGCCGACGGGACCGUUGACAAUGGAAACUGUCAGGAGGGGUCCAAAGGAGAAAAGGGUGACAGGGGUCUCCCUGGAAUACCUGCCCCAACAAAUACGUUACUUUUCGGACGAGGUUGGCAAGGGGAGACAGGUGACCUGGGUAUGAAGGGAGAUAAAGGGGAGAAGGGGGAAGCUGGGUUACCUGGACAUACCGGUAACCCAGGAAGACCAGGACUGGUGGGCCCUAAAGGAGAAUCAGUGCUGGGUCCUCCAGGCCAUCCAGGGGUGCCUGGCUCCCCUGGAAACCCCGGGUAUGGCAGACCUGGUCCUGCUGGGCCCCCUGGUCCACCUGGACCCCCUGGACUACCUUCGAGAUUUGGCUCAGCUUUGACCAUCGCUGGCCAGCCUGGACCCCCUGGACCCCCAGGACCUCCUGGUAACACGGCGGCUCUAAGGACCUUCUCUUCCCGUGAGAGUAUGAUGCAGCACACGGUCAGGGAUGCAGAGGGAACACUAACCUACAUCAGCGAAACAGGAAGCAUCUUCGUCAAGGUGCCACAGGGAUGGAAAGAGAUACAGCUCGGCAGUCUGAUCUACCUCCCCAACAACAUCAUUCCACAAGAUGAGCCUCGACCUGUGCAACACACGAGAGGCAACACGAUGGAGCGAAUACGUUCAGUUGCACAGAGGCUCAACCUGGUGGCGCUGAACCAGCCUCACUCCGGGGACAUGACGGGACUAGACACCGCUGACCGGCUGUGUUACGAGCAAGCCAAGGCCAUGGGCCUGGCGCCAAACUACCGAGCCUUCAUCUCUUCCCACAAACAAGACCUGGUCCAUGUGGUGUACCCGGGUUUCCGCGACACACUUCCAAUCACCAACCUCAGGGGGGACGUGAUGUUUAGGAAUUGGCGGUCGAUUUUCACUGGUGAUGGGGGGCCAAUCGAUGCCAGGAUACCCAUCUACUCUUUUGACGGACGGGACGUACUAGCAGACCCCUUCUGGCCUCAGAAGAGCAUCUGGCACGGCUCCACCAACAGGGGGCUUCGCGUGGUCGACAAGCACUGUGAGGCGUGGCGAGCAGACCACAUGUCGGUCAUGGGCCUGUCAUCCAGCCUCACCUCAGGCCUGCUGCUGGGCCAGCAGACACGCAGCUGUUCAAGCCAAUACAUUGUCCUCUGUAUCGAGACCCACAAAAACCAGUAGACGCUGACCAAAGGAAAAAAGCAAACCGACGAAAGAGAUUCCGGCCAUUCUGGUUUUAACACCGAAACUUCACAAUCUUGAAAUG